UUCUACUAAUCGAAGUAUGGAAAAGCUGACUCCUCAGUCCACCACUACCCCUACCCCAACGCCCUGCCCCAUACGCAAACAAUGCAUCAAAAGACAAACAACAGCAAAUAUAUAACCCAAAUUACAUUGCAAUCGAGACCUCUUGGGGACUGCUCGCAAACACAUGGAAUGCACUUUUUGACUGAUAUGAGAGAGUGAAAUUAUCAUCGGCGAAGAGAGAAAUGGAGGGAGCGGAGCUGGAGCUGGAGAGGCGGAGCAAGUUCCUCAGCAGUUUGAUACAGAAGAAGAAAUCUGUGGAGGAACAAGAUCACCGUGAUAGCCUCAAUGUCCGAGUCAGGGCCUCUGACAUGCCCAUCACUCUGCAAAACCGCGCCUUUCGGUCUGCGCGGGAUCACCUCGACGCCAUGCCCGGGAAGCUCGACAGCAAACGCCUCGCUCUCGCACUUAAAAAGGAUUUCGAUUCCUCGUAUGGUCCUGCUUGGCACUGCAUUGUUGGAACUAGCUUCGGUUCGUACGUGACACAUUCCACUGGCGGCUUCUUGUAUUUUUCAAUCGACAAGGUUUACGUUCUUCUCUUCAAAACAGCCGUCGAGCCUUUGGACCAUUGACAAUGUCCGCCAAUUUUUCAUUUAUCGUUGCUCGCACGUGUGACGAUAUUAUGAUUUUCCAUUGUAUACUAAAAGCACGAAUGGGUUAUAUUUUCUCAUGAGGAGUUGCAAACAGAGUGUGUUCCGUUUACGUGAAAUAUUCGUUUCAUCUGUUGCAGUGAAAACGUUGUAAAUUCAUGCCAUGUUAUCGAUGUGUUGCAAACA